UCUGCCAUGUCAACAAUUGUACGUAAACUAAUUAGCACUGCAAAUGCAGCGAAGCCGGUAGCGCCAUACAAUCAAGCUGUGGUGGCCGAUCGCACUGUUUAUGUCUCCGGCUGUUUGGGCUUGGACAAGACAACGAUGCAACUGGUGCCAGGUGGCGCCACUGAGCAAACCGAGAUGGCGCUGCAGAAUCUAGUGGCGGUGUUAAGGGCAGCUGAUUCCGAUAUCGAUAAAGUGGUCAAGAAUACAAUUUUCGUCAAAGAUCUCAAUGAUUUUGCUGCAGUCAAUGAGGUUUAUAAGCGAGUGUUUGCUAAGGACUUUCCAGCACGCAGCUGCGUUCAGGUUGCCAGACUUCCAAUGGAUGCACUGGUCGAGAUUGAAUGCAUCGCUCUGACUGGAACCGUGCACACCGUCAAAUCGGAAUAGCAAUCAAAGUUAUAAACAAAAUAGAAACACGAACAAAACAAUAAAACUUAUAAUUCAAAUAUU